CGGGCCCAGUUUGGACGCGGGGUUCCCGAGCUGCCCGCGCCUCUGGCCCCGCGGAGCCCUACGCGAUCGCCUCGUGCCGGAGCCGGGAGGGGCCAGGAUGCGGAGCUGUGCGCCUUGAGCUGGCCUCAUGACCCUGAGCACGUUGGCCCGCGAGAGGAAGGCGUCUCCCGCCUGCACCUGCAACCUCGGUAGCCCCGACAUGAUCCCUUACUUCUCCGCCAACGCGGUCAUCUCUCAGAACGCCAUCAACCAGCUCAUCAGCGAGAGCUUUCUAACUGUCAAAGGUGCUGCCCUUUUUCUGCCACGGGGAAAUGGCUCAUCCACACCAAGAAUCAGCCACAGACGCAACAAGCAUGCAGGUGAUCUCCAACAGCAUCUCCAAGCAAUGUUCAUAUUACUGCGCCCAGAAGACAACAUCAGGCUGGCUGUAAGACUAGAAAGUACUUACCAGAAUAGAACACGCUAUAUGGUAGUGGUUUCAACUAAUGGUAGACAAGACACUGAAGAAAGCAUCGUCCUAGGAAUGGAUUUCUCUUCUAAUGACAGCAGCACUUGUACCAUGGGCUUAGUCCUGCCUCUCUGGAGUGACACCCUAAUUCAUUUGGAUGGUGAUGGUGGGUUCAGUGUAUCAACGGAUAACAGAGUGCACAUAUUCAAACCUGUAUCUGUACAGGCAAUGUGGUCUGCAUUACAGAGUUUACACAAGGCUUGUGAGGUGGCCAGAAUGCAUAACUACUAUCCAGGUAGUCUGUUUCUCACCUGGGUGAGUUAUUACGAGAGCCAUAUCAACUCAGAUCAGUCAUCAGUCAAUGAAUGGAAUGCUAUGCAGGAUGUGCAGUCCCACCGGCCCGACUCUCCAGCUCUCUUCACAGACAUACCAACUGAACGUGAGCGAACAGAAAGAUUAAUUAAAACCAAAUUAAGGGAGAUAAUGAUGCAGAAGGAUUUGGAGAAUAUCACAUCCAAAGAGAUACGAACUGAGUUGGAAAUGCAAAUGGUGUGUAACUUGCGAGAAUUCAAGGAAUUUAUAGAUAAUGAAAUGAUAGUGAUCCUUGGUCAGAUGGAUAGUCCUACACAGAUAUUUGAGCAUGUAUUCUUGGGCUCUGAAUGGAAUGCCUCAAAUUUAGAGGAUUUACAAAACCGAGGGGUGCGCUAUAUCUUGAAUGUCACUCGAGAGAUAGAUAACUUCUUCCCAGGAGUCUUUGAGUAUCAUAACAUCCGCGUAUAUGACGAAGAGGCAACGGAUCUCCUGGCUUACUGGAAUGACACUUACAAAUUCAUCUCUAAAGCAAAGAAACAUGGAUCUAAAUGCCUUGUGCACUGCAAAAUGGGGGUGAGUCGCUCAGCCUCCACUGUGAUUGCCUACGCAAUGAAGGAAUAUGGCUGGAAUCUGGACCGAGCCUAUGACUACGUGAAGGAAAGGCGAACAGUGACCAAGCCCAACCCCAGCUUCAUGAGACAACUGGAAGAGUACCAGGGCAUCUUGCUGGCCAGCAAACAGCGACAUAACAAGCUCUGGAGAUCUCAUUCAGAUAGCGACCUCUCAGACCACCACGAACCUAUCUGCAAACCAGGGCUAGAACUCAACAAGAAGGAGAUCACCACCUCAGCAGACCAGAUUGCCGAGGUGAAGACCAUGGAGAGUCACCCACCCAUACCUCCCGUCUUUGUGGAACAUGUUGUCCCACAAGAUGAAAAUCAGAAGGGCCUGUGUACCAAAGAAAGAAUGAUCUGCUUGGAGUUUACUUCUAGGGAAUUUCAUGCCGGACAGAUUGAAGAUGAAUUAAACCUAAAUGACAUCAAUGGAUGCUCAUCAGGGUGUUGUCUCAAUGAAUCAAAAUUCCCUCUUGACAACUGCCAUGCAUCCAAAGCCUUAAUCCAACCUGGACAGGCCCCAGAAAUUGCCAACAAGUUCCCAGACUUAACAGUGGAAGAUCUGGAGACAGAUGCGCUGAAAACAGAUGUGAACGUCCACUUACUGCCUCUGGAAGAAUUGACAUCUCGCCUGAAAGACCUUCCCAUGUCCCCUGAUCCUGAAUCACCGAGCCCCCAACCCACUUGCCAGGCUGAAGUCUCAGAUUUCAGUACAGAUCGCAUUGAUUUUUUUAGCGCCCUAGAGAAGUUUGUAGAGCUUUCCCAAGAAACCCGGUCUCGAUCUUUUUCUCACUCAAGGAUGGAAGAACUGGGUGGAGGAAGGGGUGAGACCUGUCGACUCUCAGUGGUAGAAGUAACCCCUUCUGAAGUGACAGCUGACGACCAGAGAAGCAGCUCUUUGAGUAAUACUCCCCAUGCAUCUGAAGAAUCUUCAAUAGAUGAGGAACAGUCAAAGGCAAUCUCAGAGCUGGUCAGCCCAGAUAUCUUCAUGCAAUCUCACUCAGAAAAUGCAAUUUCAGUCAAAGAAAUCGUCACUGAGAUCGAAUCCAUCAGUCAAGGAGUUGGACAGAUUCAACUGAAAGGAGACAUCCUGUCCAACCCAUGCCAUACACCAAAGAAGCACACCAUCCAUGAGCUGCCCCUGGAGAGGGCCCAGGCCCUGGAGAACAAACCUGGAAAUCUGGAGCAGAAUGAAGGUUCCUACACAGCCCAGCCUGAACUAGCCAAAGACUCAGGGAAGUGGGACCUAGAAGGCUGCCUGACUACACACUCAUUCACCACAGAGUUGGAAGAAGAAGAACCAGCUGAGGAGGAACAAGAACUCUGGGGCCCAGGGAUGCACCCGGGUGCCAAGUGGUGCCCUGGGUCUGUGAGGCGAGCCACCUUGGAGUUUGAAGAACGCUUGCGACAGGAGCAAGAGCACCAUGGUGCUGCCCCUGGUUGUACCUCAUUGUCCAUCCGCAAGAAUUCCAAGAAUGAGUCUUCUGUGGCAGACCUAGCACCAAAAGGGAAGAGUGAUGAAGCUACCCUAGAACAUUCUUUUGUCCCCAAGGAACCAGAGACUAACAAGGGCAAAGGGAAAUGCAGUGGGUCUGAGGCUGGCCUGCUGCCCCAUUCCGAGCAAAAUGCCAUUGUUCCAGCACCUGAGCCGCUGGAGUUUCAAGAGUACCCAGGGUCAGAUAUUAGAACAAAGCUGGAAGGAGUCCUGAAGGAUCCGAGGACUGUGGUUUCAUGCCAGGGAUCUGAGACACAGUCGGUCCCUCUUUCCCUUCCCAAGAAGAUCGAAAUCAUUAUGUCACCCAGUCACACUGAGCAAGGGGGUGAAAGAGCCACCAGCGAAAAGAGUGGGGAGCAAGGACUGAGGAGCGUGAAAAGGGAGAAUUCCAUCACCGUCCUCUGUACACUGGAUGAAAAUCUGAACAGGACUCUGGGCCCCGACCAGCCUGCUCUACACCCCACACUGCUACCUCUGCCUCAUUCUUCCUCUCCUGAGCACGACAGUCCCACCAACCUGACCUCUACCCUGAGCAGCCCUGAAGACUGGGACAACAGCCUGUCAGUGGCACUGGAGACAGGAACACCUUUUGUCAGUCACACAACCCAUGUACCGUCUGCCAGCUUGGAUUACGCACAUUCCCGGACCGUAGUUCACCUGGAAGGCUUCACAGAGCAAAGCAGCACCACAGACAACGAGCCCUCUUUGGAGCAGGGCGACUGGGAAGAAGGUCUGGACGGUGCACUCUCCAGUGGCAGUGAAGUGCCGUAUGAGGGCUCUCUGUUAAGGAGUGAAGACCUAAGCAAACUUGGUGAUAAUAUUGGGGAGUUACAAGAAAAACUGGACCCAUUACCUGCAGCCUGUCAACCCCCACAUAGCUCUAGUAGUGACAGUAUGAAGAGUGUCAGCCAUAGCCUCAGUGUGGUGAAAGAGCGCACUAAAGAUAUCGAGUCCCGAGCGAUCUGCCAGGCAGGACUCACCAAAACAGCCCAAAUGCGGCAUUCAGCUUCCCUUGCCAAGUUAGGUUACUUGGACCUCUGUAAAGACUGUUUAUCAGAUAGAGAGCCUGUCUCCUCUGAGCCCUCUCAUCUCAAACUGCUUCAGCCCUUCAUCAGAACAGACUCAGGCAUGCAUGCCAUGGAGGCCCAGGAGUCCUCAGAAAACCCAGAUGCCUCCCAGAACCUAGAGCCCACCAAGUAUUUUAUAGAGCAACUCAAAACUACAGAGUGUAUCGCUCAGAGCAAGCCAGUGGAGAAGCCUAUCGUACAGUAUGCCAAAGAAUUUGGUUACGGUCAGCAGUGUUUGCUCCCCAGGGCAGAACCCAAAUUGACUAGUUCUGAAGGAGGCCUUCCUUUGCUACAACCCCAGGGACUUCAGCGUGCAGGCCCGGCUCCCGGGCUGGCUGUGGCGCCCCGUCAGCAGCACGGCAGAACUCACCCCCUUAGGAGACUGAAAAAAGCAAAUGAUAAAAAACGGACAACCAACCCCUUCUAUAAUACCAUGUGA